CCGUGUGACGUCACCGCGAGGUGAUGUAAUGCUUCUGUAAAUAGAUCAUAUUGUAAUCGCGUUUCAGUUCGGCGCGCUCGGUGGUUGCGCGAGGAGCGUCGCUCGUCUCGGUCUGCGCGCGCGUUCAGGCUCUUCAGGUCUCAGUGAUGAACACUGAUCAGGACGGGUCUUAUGUAUGCACUGCUCCUGGAUGCACUCAGCGCUUCCAAAGAGAAGAUCAUCUGAUCAUACACAGGCACAAACAUGAGAUGACCCUCAAAUUCUCUUCCAUUAAGUGUGACAACACACUGUCAGAUCAGACUCCGACUCCGACACGCUUCCUGAGGAACUGUGAGGAGGUUGGACUCUUCAGUGACCUGGAGCUCAAUCAGGCAUCAGACGAAGAGGAAGAGGAAACAAAACAGAACUUUCCAAUACAGGGCUCAUCGGGAGAGACUCAGAGUGAGCGCCAUGGCUCCCAGCAGCAGCAGCAGCAAUGUGCCUUGGCUCAGUUCCACACAAGCCAUGUCCACACACACACCUCUCACUCUUCAUCUCACUGCUCGAUGGUACGACACACCACCCAUAGUGCCACCAACACACAGUCAGACCCCAGUUGUCUUCACAACCAACAGCGACACCCUGCGGCAUGCGCCAUGCAAGUGGCACCCACUGUGCGUAUGAACACACAGUUACAAAUGGACCCCAGCAUGCCUGACAUACCAGGGCCUACACACUCCAGAUCAUGCCCCACACCCCAGAGGUCAAAGGUCAUGUCAUGCCAGACUCACCCAAUGGCUUCCAAUGGGAACCAGAACCCCAUGGGUCACAUGAUGGAGAUGAUGUCACCACAGCAUGUGAGGAUGGGGCUCCCACUGACACAUGUGCCAGCAUCGCCUCAUCAAUCGUAUCAGCAGCACGGCCUCAGCCAGUCACAGCAGAGACACGCCCACCAGCAUCAAAGUCAAGAGCAGUCUCCUCACAGCUGUGCUCACCAUUCGCCCCCUGCACACCUGCACCCAGGCCCUGCGCCACCCCCAGCCAAACACCUGACACAUCAACCAAUCCCUGCACAGAUAUCUCCAGUUCCCAAAAACACAGCAUGUGCAGAAUCUCCUUCCCAGAUUAGUGGAGGGAAACGCAGACGGACAGCAGACGAAGAUCCAGACGAGCGCAGGCGCAAGUUUCUGGAAAGAAACAGAGCAGCAGCAUCACGCUGCAGACAGAAGAGGAAAAUCUGGGUGAUGUCUCUUGAAAAGAAGGCAGAGGAACUUACACACACAAAUCUGCAGCUACAGAACGAAGUUACACUACUCAAAUCAGAGGUCAUUCAACUAAAGCAGCUUCUGCUGGCACAUAAAGACUGCCCUGUUACUGUGAGACAACGGGAAACACAAGUUGGCAGCCCAACAGGAAGUCCCCUCCAGACACAAAACAUCCAACACAACAGCAUCUCAUCAUCCAGCACCACAGUGGCACACACACACCUCACCACACACUCACAUUCUGCAUCCUAAAGGCAGUCUGGACACACACGGUCCAGCCACCAAUACAUUUCUUCAAACAGCUGAAAAAAAGGGAAUUUGCUGUAAAUUUAAUUAGAACUCAGUAAUUGUUAUUAAUCUCAAAAUGUGUUCAUGCUAUAUCACCUGAUUCCAUCCAUAUAAUUCAUCUCAGUUAACGAUGUCAAACGUCCUAAACAGAUGUUCACACAGACUGAUAAACAGAACAGUUGUGUAACUGAUUCGAGGCAGCACUCUUCUGAUGUGUAAUGAUGGAACCUGAACAUUAGGAUGCUGGAUCUUCUCGCACUGUGACAGACUGGAAGAAGCCGACUGGGCAAGCUCGUUCUCACUUCACGCUGCCUUAUUCCCAUCCCCCUGACCCUUCUUGCCGAGUGGUUUUCCUCAGGGACAUUCACUUCUGGCAAUAUUUGUGUAUGUUUCUUGUGUUUUCUUGCACUUUGUUUUUCUCUGCCUCAGCUAAACAGCUCUGUGGAAACAGCUGAAAUGCCAGAUGAGAACAUGAUUCAAAUUUUGUACUUAUCAGUCAGGGGAAUGUAUGAUAGUGUAAAUAUAAACAGAUAGUUUUGUAUGGCUUUGGAUUGCAACUGCACCUUCUGCUCUGAUCUGCACAUUUCUCCUCAUGUGACUGUAAGCAGUUAUAUGAGCUCUUUUUCAGUGAACCACUCAGGUGUCACAUACAGAAAUAUACUAAACUCUCCUAACUGCUUUAUUAACUAUGUUUAGUCAAAUAUACUGUAUAUGAGGAAUUAUUCAGAUGAUUCAUAACAUACCAAGACUAAGACAUUUAUAAUCUUCAGUAUUUUUCAUGUGAACACAGAUGGCACCGGUAUAAGGGAUAGAUAUAUAUAUAUACACACAUAUUAAAAAGUACCUUAUUUCCCACUGACAAUCACAUUUCAUCAAUGAGCGGAUAAUAAAAUCUUGACUCUGUGCCAUUAGCCGUUCAAGCAUUUUGUUACAAAAUGUUGAGUGUUUCAUAAAUAUACAGUGCAUUUCAAAUGUGUAAAACGUGGGGAUAACACGGUCUAAAUGCUGUAGCUGAAGACAGUAUUUUCCAUGUACAGUUUUCCAAAAAAAUAAAUCCAUAUUUCUUUAUUUUUGUACCAGCUAACUAACAAAUAUUAUUGCUAUUUCUAAUUAAAAGAACUUGAGCUACA